AUGGCCGAUGUUCACUCCCGGCUGCCGUCAAGUACAGCGGGUGCCCGGAAGCGCGUUAUCACUCCAGCUCGAAAAGAGCAAAACCGUGUUGCUCAGAGGGCUUUUCGUCAGCGUAAAAGGGAACAGCGUAUGGCAAAUAAAGAGCAACAACCCGGGGCCAAUAAGACGCACAUGAAGCCUGUGAAGAUCCAGCCCUACCCUGCAGGAGAAGUCUGCAGUACAACCAAGAAUGGCAGUAGUGCCAUUAAAUGUAUAUCUUCGAAUAAUAAGUUUCCUGAACCAAUAAUUGGCCUUCAUCGUACGAAGAUCGAUUUGCCACAGAAAACGAGCGCUGAAUCCAUAGCCAGUCGCGAAAUAUCAAUGCCGGAACAUUUCCUGCUUGACGAUAUAUCACCAACUCAAACAUGUAAUUGGCUUGCAGGUUCAGGAAUAGACGUCGCUCUUUCUGAUGUCCAGGAACCUUUAGAUCCAAGCCUUUUUCCACAGCUGAGUCACUCGUCUGCUAUGGACAUGGUAAAUCAAUCGACAUUAUGUACAAACGGUUUGCACGCACCGACCUUUGACCUCGAGCAGACUAUAUCAUCCAGUCAUAGUUCAAUUUUUAACUUCUCACCUGCGCUUAUUUCGGCCCCGAAAUUCAUACAAAACACGGACAAAGCGUCACACGGCAGCUUUAUAUCUCCUCGACGACUUACGAGUCAAACGCGGCAACACUUUGGGGAUGAUAAGUCUAAUGAAACUCCACACUCCGACAUAAUGCUACAGCCAUAUGCAAGGAGCCGUCGUAAUUCCGUGAACCGUAAUGACAUUUUCCAACUCGCAGAUCCCUAUCAGAAUGCAAUCAGCCUUUCAAGUGUCACAAUUGUUCAAAUUUGUAUCCUGAAUGCAUAUUGUCUUGGUCUAGCUCCUGAGGACGUUGUCAGUGCAGACUGUCUUUCAUUAUGCUCCCCAUUUUAUAAGCCAGUUACAGCCUCGGAUGACCCUAAGGCUUUACUGGCAGCUGUUACAAAACCAACCAUCCCCAAAUAUCUACAGCCUACGCUCACACAGAUUUUAUUCCCACACCACCCCAUGCUCGACUUAAUACCUCUACCAGACUUUAGAGAGAAGGCUAUUAUGCUUUCAUCCACUUCUCCCGCAAUGCUUAACCCGCUGGAACUAAAACGCGACAUUAUAGAAGGCGGGCUCAUUUGCUGGGGUGCUAGAACUGACCCAUUCAAUGCGGGUAAUGGUCAGCCCUGGGACCUGCGCAGCUGGGAAGCAGCGCCUUGGUUUCUCAAGAAAUGGCGAUUACUAGUAGGCGGAAAAGAUGGAGAGCUAUGGAAGCAGAGUAUGUGGUGGCGAAAUAUGAGAGGUGAGCCUCUUGAGGCAUGA